UUUAAACGAUGGCAAGGCGCGAAUUUUGUAAAACUUUUGGCGCGCUUCUCUCAUCAACAAAAGCUUCAUCAACGAUACUGUGCAGAGCACAAGCAACAAAAACUUUCAAAAUGUCUCUGGUGACAAUUCCAGGCAUGGAUGUUCACAGCGUUGUGAAUUUAAGAGGUCAAAUUCAGGUCAUCUUUGGGCCAAUGUUUUCGGGAAAAACAACUGAGUUACUCAGACGAAUCAAGCGAUACCAAGUAGCAAACCAUCCGUGUAUGGUGAUCAAAUACGAGAAGGACAACCGCUAUGACACAGACGGUGUAGCAACACACGAUAGGCAAAGCCUCAGAGCCUCUGCUUGUUCAGUGUUAGCAGAUAUCAAGGAAAAAGCUAUAGAUUAUUCUGUUUUGGGAAUUGAUGAAGGACAAUUUUUUCCAGACAUUGUAGAGUUCUCAGAAGAAAUGGCCUCUCUUGGUAAAACUGUUAUAGUUGCUGCAUUAGAUGGAACCUUUCAAAGGAAGGCUUUUGGAGCUGUGCUGCAACUUGUUCCUCUUGCAGAAAGUGUUGUCAAACUUAAUGCAGUCUGUAUGCAUUGCUUCAAAGAUGCUGCAUUCACCAAAAGACUAGGGGAGGAGACAAAGGUUGAGGUUAUAGGGGGAGCGGAGAAAUACAUGGCUGUUUGUCGUGAUUGCUAUCAGUUCUCAACUGUCCAUCAAGUGUUAGGUGGGGCUCCAAUAAGGGGGAGCUUUCAUUAAUCAUAACAACUUAUAUUGUGUUAAAGCUAAUAUUUUUUUUUACCUAUAUUCUCAUUUGAAGCUUUGAACAAUGCACAUAAUUAUAGCAAACUUAAAAAAGAAAUCGUGGGUUUAACUGCCAAGCAGUGAUUUCAGAAGUUUUAUAAUAAUUUUAUGGGAAAAGAGAGUAAAACAAUUUGUUUUUAUGGUCAAUUUGAUCAUGCUGAGAUUUGUCUGCAAGUAUUUGUAAAUAGCUUUGUUUACAUGAUCACUGCACACACAAAAGAUAUUUAAAACAUUAAACAAAGACGUACAUUAUUGCCAAAGGGACAGCAUUAUGAAGUUUAAGUAUAGUUUUUGUCUACUCCUACUACAUUAUCAAAAUUUGGUAGCUCUAUUUAAGGAGCACUUUCUCCUGGCUGAGCGUGUCUGUGACUUUUCAUACAUUUAGCCCAAUUCUUGGGUCACAAUUAAAUUAUCUUUUGUAAAAUCAAAAUUUCGUCUUUUGAUAAGGUUGCCACAGAUAUGAAAAAUUAAAGAAUUUAUUGUAAUAAGACAGAUUGCCACAUAAUUUCAUAAAAGUUUGGGAAGUCUCUGUGCACUUUCAUUGAAAGUUUGACAUAUCAUUCAAUUACCUUAAUAAAUUAAUGGAAAUUCUUUGGAUGUCAUUGAAUUUUAAGAAAAUAAUUUAGAUCUCAUUUAUGACUCCCUAUCUGAGCUGUGUGCUUGUGAGUCUUAGUCUCAAUGCUUUCUCAUUAGUACUUGAAGCCAUGAAAGGCUUUUCAUUAAGUAGUUAGAGACAUUUUUACUGGUUGUAUGUUAAUAUUCAAUUGAAGUAGCUGAGUUUUAUUAAUGUCAGGUAUCUUCAUAAUAAAUUUUGAAUCAUUCUCAUUUCACAAUAUGUAAAAACUUUUUCGUAAUAAAAGCUACUGAAGUUAUUCUUGAAAAUAAUUGAAAGGACCUUUAAAGUGAGUGGAUCCUUUUUUAACAGAGUGCACUUUCAAAUUCAACUGGAAAGACAGUGGUAUCUAAAAAAAUGCAAGUUUCAUUCUGUUUCAAAAUGAAUGUUGAAAAGGUAAAGGAAAUCAGCUCUGGAAUCAGAUGUUUAAAUUAUUGCCUGUUUUGUUUUUUUUCUCAGAUAAUAAUAAAGAGGCUUAUCUUACUCAAUACCAAGGCCUUAUUUAUAAAACUAAAAUAACUUUUUGGAGUAAACUUUUCUAUUACAUCCUGUAGAUGAUUGAAAGAGUAAUGUGACAAUUUCAAUGUUACCCAGCAAAUAGGUGACAGAACAGACUGUAGAGCAACUUGGAAGGAAAAUUACAGGAUCAAAUGCAAGUCUUCACUGCUAAACUUUAAUUCUAAAGAUCUGAUCAUUAAUUCUCCUCUCUAGCUACAACACAUUGCCUUGUAAAUUAGUUACAAGAAUUUUGGUGUUGGAUCAAGAUAAUAACUUCUACCUGAUAAGUUUGAGUAUUCUCAUUACCGAUUUGCUGGAUAACAUGGAUAUUGAUUUACAUUCAACUCAUUAUCUCUUUUCUCAUUGGCCAAAAGCAUACAUUGAAUUUUCAAAAUCAGCACCCAGGAUGUUAACUAUCUGCAGGCUAUAAAGUAAUCAUAUCAAGGACACUAAAGGUCUCAGGUAAUCUUGUCAUAUGUGAUAGCAGUGCAUGAUUUCUAUGGAUAAUCAUGUCAAGUUUGUGCACUUUGUGUUGCUUGCUGAUUUGUAUAUUUUUACAUGGUUAGAAAUAAAUUAUCAGU